AUGCAGCAUGAGAUCUUUUAUCUCACGUGGGAUGGAAAGCUCGGCGUAACCCCUCCAUGUGAACCUGGCGCGAAAGUUGGUCGUGUUCUCGAUCUUGGCACAGGUACUGGAUUGUGGGCAAUCGACUUUGCGGAUCUGCAUCCUGAAGCCGAAGUGCUGGGCAUGGAUCUUUCUCCUGUUCAACCGUCAGACGUUCCGCCUAAUGUGAGAUUCGAGAUUGAUGAUAUCGAGGAGGAGUGGCUUUAUUCACAGCCAUUCGACUACAUUCACAGUCGAAUCAUCACGGGCGGCAUCAGCGACUGGAAGAAGAUGAUCAAGAAGGCCUACGACCACCUCACGCCCGGCGGAUGGUACGAGAUACAGGAGUCAGACAUGUCCCCAGCCGCAGACGAUGGGACAUUGCCUCCCGAGAAGGCAUUGUCUAGAUUCGGUGCCCUGAUCCGCGAAGCUUACGUGGUGAUGGGUGUGCCCUUAGUCCAUGUUCCUGAUCUAAAGGACGUCCUCACAGAGGUCGGGUUCGAAGACGUGGAGCUGACGGUCUUCAAGUGGCCUACGAAUCCUUGGGCCAAGGAUCCCAAGUAUAAGAAGAUCGGGGAGUGGAAUUACCACAACUUCGGCGGCGCAGUCGAGACUGUCUCUUUGGCGCCUCUUACCCGAGUACACGGUUGGACCAAGGAGGAGGUGCUCGUAUUCGCCGCCGAUGUGCGGAAGGAUCUCAGAGACCCCAAGGUUCACUCAUACUUUCCCAUUGUGCUUUCUGCCCUUUGA